AAGUCGAUUGCAAAAAUUCCCCAUAGAUCCAAAGUUAUGGUAGAAAAUGUGACUGCCCGACGAGAGUUUGGUGCGCGCAGGUAGCUGUCCUUUGUUUGAGACGGCUGACCGUUACUUUCGGAGCGGCUCCAGUCUGUCAGUUCUUUGUUAUCGCAAAAUAUACCUGGGAACAUUUGUAAAGCAUUAUGAGAAUAUAUUUAGGGUCGAUUGCUAAGGUUUCUGAAAUUGAACGUUAGUUGUCUUUGAUUGUUCGAAGCGUACAGUUGUGUGUCUUAUUUGAGAUUUUAAAAAUGUUGAAACGUCGCUGUAGAUCGUAAAGGCAGUAAGAGUGAACGAUCUUCACGCCCUAAAAAGAAGAAGCCUCCUCAAAGGCCAGACAAGAUGGAGAGUGAAACUGAAUACACUAGUUCGGCUGCAAAAAAAUUAGCGGGACAAUUACAUGAGGUUUCAUUCGAUCCAACGUUCUCAUACUGUAUUUUACAGUUUACUGCUGUUUUUACAGCUAUUUCGGAGUGUGUGGUCUGUCGUACAUGUGGUGGUAAUGUGAAAUUUUUAAAAGCAAGUGCCCGUGGACUUGGUUUCAAGUUAAAUGUUUUUUGUACAACGUGUGACGAUAAUAUUCAGAGUGUUUUUUCAUCUCCUUUGAUAAACUCUGCAUACGAGAUAAAUCGACGCUUCACAUUCGCCUUCCGACUGUUAGGAAAAGGAUUGAAGGCAAUACAGCUUUUUUGUGGUGUCAUGGAUUUAGCAUCAUGUAUCGCACAAACAACCUUUGAUUCAAUUGUGAAAAAAUAUUGAAGAAGCUUCAACAGCCGUUGUUAAAGCUUCUAUGAAAGUUGCUGCUGAAGAAGAACUUCAACAAUCUGCCAAUCAAGAUAAACUACAAUUAUCUCAAGAUGGAAUUAUUGUAUCCGGGGAUGGCACUUGGAUGAAGAGAGGCUUUUCUUCGCUUUUCGGAGUUACAACAUUAAUUGGUUAUUUCACGGGAAAAGUUGUCGACUUCGUGAUAAAAAGUAGUUAUUGCAAGGAAUGCGAAAUUCACGAAAAGAAUAAAGGUACGGCUGAGUAUGAAUUGUGGUUAGAGAACCAUCAAGAACAUUGUUCAGCAAAUCAUAAAGGAAGUGCUGGAAUAAUGGAGACAGAUAGUGUUGUGGAAAUGUUUCGGAAAUCAAUAGAAAAUUAUGGGGUUAAAUAUGAAUAUUACAUAGGUGACGGUGAUACAAAAACUUUUUCUAAUAUCACGAAUUCUCAGCCAAGACCUCGAGGUAAAGAAGAAAGAAUGCGUGGGUCAUGUCCAAAAACGUAUGGGUAAGCGUCUUUGCCAAGUCGUCAAUGAAAAAUCGACGUCAAUCAUAAAAGAGGAAUCAACGACUCAGAAAAAUAAACGAAGUACAUCAAAUCAGAGCAAACGAGUAAGUUUGGGAGGAAAAGGAAAAUUAACUGCCAAACUAAUAGACGAACUAACUAUUUAUUACGGUUUAGCAAUAAGAAAUAAUAUUGACUCAUUGGAAAAUAUGAAAAAUGCCAUAUGGGCGACAUUGUACCAUAAAUCAUCAACGGACGAAAAACCUCAGCAUUUUUAUUGUCCGCCUGGAGAAGAAAGUUGGUGUGAUUGGCAGAGAGCAAAAGCCGAAGGUACAUUAGGUGAAUACACGCACAAAGCCGCUUUACCUGCAAUUGUACUGGAGGCAAUAAAACCCAUCUAUGAAUCAUUGAGUGACGAACAAUUACUUGAAAAGUGCUUAGGUGGAUUUACACAAAACGUGAAUGAAUGUCUCAAUUCGAAAAUUUGGAAGAUUGCACCCAAAUGUACUCCAGAUCGAUCAACAUUUACUGGAGAUAUGAUGCCGACCGUGGAGCAACUUUUUUUUCUUAGUGUUGUGGAUCACCGCAUUUUUGGCGCUGCUAGACGUAUGUAAGGCCUUCAGUAAAUUAUCGGUCAUGGUUGUGACUUGGUUCUUUGCAUUGGCAUAAGUUUUCCACUAUUGCAAUAAAGAAAUACAUAUCAGAUAACUUCCCAGCUAUCCAAGUUCUUGCAGAAUAUUAAUAUUAAUUACAUAAAACAAACGAUAUAAGUGAGCGACAUAAUAGAGAACUGAAGGAAAGUCUUCGUAAACAUUCAACAAUCAUUACAUUUUUAGAAAAUUUAAUACAACAUCAGAGAAACGUUCAUAACAUGAUGAAGAAUCCAACAUUUUGGGCAAGAUCCGAUUUUAAUUCCUCCUUAAAAAGAAAAGAAGAGAUAUUACAAGACAUUUGGGCCAAAAUUGAUGAAAGCAAAGAUUUAGAUUUACUAUUAAUUUUGUACGAACUAUCAAAAUUAAUAGGAAAAGAGGAAAUAAACGCAUAACAUAACA